CUCCAAUUUUCGGCGCCUCCGAAGAAAAGCCUCGGCGGGGCCUCGAUUUUUCUGCCAUGGCCGCGCGUCUCCGGGCCCGUGUCCAGGCGCAGCCGCUAACGCGCCACGGGAGCUUUCAGGCCAGCGAGGAUUUGCUGCAGCUCGCGUGCCGGUCCAAGCCGUGGCCUGCCUGGCUCCAAGCUGAGAUGCGCAGCAACUGGGCGGGCGAGACUGGGGCCGUGGCCAUCUACCGCGGCGCCGUCAGCGCUCUUCCGCGGCUCGAGGCGCCCGCAGCUUGGAGCUGCCCGGAGCGGGCGGCGGCGCUGCGGGGCUUCGUGGAGGAGCACCUGGCAGCAGAGGAGGCGCACUUGCGCGCCAUGGAGGUUCUGUGCCCGGCCGAAGGUGAGCGGAGCCUGCUGCCCGCCACGUCCUUCGGCUGGGCGUUGGGCUACGUGUCCACCGCGGCCCGGGGAGACCACGGCAUGUAUGUCACCACACGUGCAGUGGAGUCCUUCGUGGAGGAGCACUACGGUGAUCAGAUCCAGCGCCUAGAGCGCGAGCUGCGCGCGCAGCAGCGCUCGCCGGAGGAGGCCUACCGAGCCUUGCUGGGGAUUCUUCGCGCGGCAUGUGCUGAUGAAGUGGCGCACAAAGAGGAUGCGGCCAAGAGAGCACAUGCCGGACCUACGAGCUUUCUCGCGAAAGUUAUGGACGCGGUCCAAUUUUCGGUGGUUUACUGGGGCUCCCGCGUGGGGGCGGCCAUCGCCAAGCGAAUUUGACUCGCUCGAGCGGCGACAAUAGUUUCAGCCAACCAUAGGUGCUGGCUUCAGACCACCGAAAAUACCAGGGUUUUAACUAUGACUUGUGUACAUAGCAACAUUUGGCC